AUGCCUCCCCUCGACCCCGCCAACCUCAUCUUCCCCUCUGCGCACCACUCCAUCUCCAGCACCCUCACCACCCUCUCCCGCUCCCACCUCACCGUGUCCAACCGCCUCCGCUCCAUCAAACACGAUGCCGAGUUCGUCGAAGCAGUAUCUUCUAUUUACCAACUCCCGUUAAUCGCCAACGAGCGGUGCGGAAGCUGGUACAUCACUCCCGAACUCAAGGCAGGGAGCGCGUACUUCAAGUCUACGGAUGGGCAUUUCGGGCAAUGGGGGUUUAGUUUGCGGAGGCUGAAUUUGGGGGUUCUUGAGGUUGUGGGGAGGCAGGGAGGAUGUAUUAUUGUUGAUUCGACAAGAAGAGGGAAGAGCAUGCCCGAUGCUCUGUCCAAGACUGUGCCGAUUUGGGUCGCUGUGCUGAAUAGACUGCUGUUCCCGGACGAACGUGACAGCCAUGUUGUGAAGACGCCGCAAGAUGUCGUCUCGAGGUCUGAGCACGCACAGAUCGAGCAGCGUCUACCCAACUUCGUUUCUGAGCUGCGCAACCUGGCUCUAGACAUCGAUGGCCUGCGCUCUAAGUUGUAUGGCCGGCCGAUGGAGGUGACGUGGGCGACGCCGGAUUCUCCUCUAUCGUCGCCUCCGCAGAGUCUGUCGGGCCGAAACCUCGUCGUCCUAUGCACAGCCUCCGGACGCACAAUGGCAGGUAAGCCAGCCGAUUUCGACUACGUGCAAGGAGCAGCGGACGACCACGAGAGCUGGGCGCACGGCCUGACACCGCAGCUGUUCUGGUCCAACAACGGUCUUCUCUCUUCGGCGUCGGAGGAAGAACUUCCGCUCGUCAUCCAAAAUCUGGUUUCCAAGGGCAAGACUCAAUCAACGUCCCGCAAGCCGGUGGUUAUCAAACCGACUAGCAACAUCUUCAUCAGCGACAACGCAGCAGCGCGUGAGAUGCAUCGCGACUUCGGCAUUGCUGUCUCGUGCUCGGAGAAGCCGGACGCGCUGUUAAGCGAGCAUCUUGGGGAGAAGUACAUUCAUCUCUGCUGCACCACAGGCAAGGUAGGCAGUCGGCAGCUGCGGUCAGUGCUUCCAAGGCUGUCACUUGUCGCGGCAAGCCUGUCGUACGACACUCGAGUGCUCAUCACAUGCCAGACCGGGCGCGACUUGGCCGUUGGCGUGGCGCUGGCGCUCAUUUGCCUCCGCUGCGGCAACGAUGGCGAGAUAGCACCCUCUCCCCAUGCUCCAAGGCCAUUGAACAAGACCCUGAUCAAACAGCGCCUCAGCUGGAUCAUGGUCUCCAUGCCGGACGCCGUACCCAGUCGCGCCACACUUCAAAGCGUCAAUGCUUUCCUGCUAGGCUGA